AUUCGGAGUUGUCCUGACCGUGUCCGCCAUCACCCAGCAUAGAAUCACACAGUGUAGGGGAAAGAAGAGCCGUUUAAAGCUGUUUAGAUUUCCGUUACUUGAAAGCUAGGACGUGGAAGAUAACGCUUUCAUCUCCUCAGCUGUCUACUAGUGACAGCUGGGAAGUGAAUGCCACUCUCCGACUUCCAGCUCCGUAGUUAGGACUAGGUCCUCUUGUGAAGCUGAACAGGGACACCCACCAGUCAAAACAGAUAAACACCUUAAACCACUUGCAUCCUUUCUUACUGGAACCUCUUCAUCUCACUGGCUAAACACAUUAGCAGGAAAAUAGCUCUGCUUUCACCUCUCUUGGCCCUUUCUCAAGAGCACCUGAAAAUGAACGAAUUCCAGAAAUCCAUUUCCUUCACGGACUUGACAGUGGACUUCACCCAUGAGGAGUGGCUGCGGCUGGGCCCUGUGCAACGGCUCCUGUACAGGGAAGUGAUGCUGGAAAACUACAGCAACCUCAUCUCAGUGGGGAUACAUACUAGCAAACCAGAUGUGAUCUUCAAGUUGGAGCAAGGGGAAGAACCAUGGAUAGGGGAUGAAAUCACAAGGCAGAACCACACAGAAGAUGAUGGUGCCUUAGAGAAGGACCCAGAAAUCCAAGACAAACAUUUGAAUCAAAUUGUAUUCAACAAUGAAACAAUGAUUACAGAAAAAAAUUAUGUAUUUGGGAACACAUUUACCCUGGGCAUGAAUAAUCUUCCCUCAAGAGAAGUACUUUAUAAAUCUGAUUCAGAUAGAAACUGCUUGAAAAUGAAUUCAGAAAUAAUUGUAAAAGAAAGCAAAGAAAAUGCAAAAGUUCCUAAUGAACACAGUGAAUGCGAGAAGUCACUACUCCAUGCUAAUCAUGAGAAAGGUCAUUCAGGAAAGAAAAAGUCCAAAAGUAACCAGAUGAGGGAAGUCGGGAGUCAAGAUGAAGAUGUUCUGCUGCAUCUGAACAAUGAGGCUUUGAAACUACCUCUCGCCCAUAAGAAACAUGGGAAGUCCUUCCAGCUGCCAGUUCUUUCUGCACAGAAGGAGAAACAUGCUGAACAGAAGUCAAAUGAAUGUGAGGACUGUGGGAGAAGAUUUUCUAAAAGGUCCACCCUCGUUGCCCAUCAGAGAAUCCAUACGGGGGAGAAACCCUAUGCUUGCAGUGACUGUAGGAAAACCUUCCGUGUGAAGACAAGCCUCACACGACACCAGAGAAUUCAUACUGGAGAGAGACCCUACGAGUGCAGUGCGUGCGGGAAAACCUUCAUCGACAAGUCUGCCCUCCUCGUGCAUCAGAAAAUUCACGGAGGGGAGAAGUCCUAUGAGUGCGAUGAAUGUGGAAAGACUUUCUUUCGGAAGUCAGCCCUCGCAGAGCAUUUUAGGUCUCACACAGGGGAGAAGCCUUACGAAUGUGAGGAGUGUGGGGAAGCCUUCAGCAAGAAAUCUUACCUCAUUGUGCAUCAGAGAACUCACAGGGGAGAGAAGCCAAAUGAGUGUAAAGAAUGUGGGAGAACCUUCUUCUGCCAGUCGGCUCUGACAGCACAUCAGAGAAUCCACACUGGGGAGAAACCCUAUGAGUGCAGUGAGUGUGAGAAAACCUUCUUUUGCCAGUCAGCCCUCAAUGUGCAUCAGAGGAGCCACACGGGAGAGAAGCCCUAUGAAUGCAGUCAGUGUGGCAAGUUCUUAUGUACCAAGUCUGCCCUAACCGCACACCAGGCCAUUCACAGAGGAAAGAAGUCUUACGAAUGUAGUGAGUGUGGGAAGCUCUUCUACCAUAAGUCAACGCUGGCUAUACAUCAGAGCACUCACACUGGAGAGAAGCAGGAGGCGCUCAAUCAGUGUGAUGGAAUGUCUUCUGUGCAGUCAGACUGCAGUGAGCGUGAGAGUGUUAGCACAGAGGAGAACCCUGAGUGUCCUGAGCCUGAGCAUGAAGUCAGCAAGAGCCCACCCCCCUUACUAGGUCGGAGAACUAUCUGGGACAAGCCCUAUGAAUGCAGUGAUUGUGGGAGGGCCUACUGCAGGAAGUCAGCUCUCACACAUCAUCAGAGAACACACUCAGGCGAGAGACCCUAUGAGUGUAACGAGUGUGGGAAAACCUUCUCCCAGAAGUUUUCCUUUAGUGAACAUCUGCGAACUCACACUGGGGAGAAGCCAUAUGAUUGUAAGGAGUGUGGGAAAACUUUCUGCCACAAGUCAGCCUUCAGAGUACAUCAGAGAAUUCACACAGGAGAAAAACCCUAUGAAUGUAAUGAAUGUGGGAAAACGUACCGCCGGCUGUGGACACUCAAUGAACAUCAGAAAAUACACACAGGAGAGAAACCAUAUGAAUGUGACAUAUGUGAGAAAACAUUCCGCCACAAAUCAAACUUCCUGUUACAUCAGAAAACUCACAAGGAGUAAGUUCCAAGAAAGCAACAAAUAAUUCACCUAAUGCCAAAACUAAAUGGUAUCAGUAAGGAGUUGGGAAUUUUUCCGGUCAAGUCAGAGAGCUCACAAUAGAUGAGAGAUACAGUCUGUUUAAUAAAUGAAGUGGAACAGUCAUUGUAAACCAUGAGAAUGCUCGACACCAUUUCAAACACCAUGCCAAGUGUGCCUCCUCUUUGAAUAUGAAGCAUGUUAUUUAGGUUUAAUUGUUGAUUGUUCUCCAUUCUUGGUAUAUGCUAGUGUGAGGCCCUAAUUUUACUUCAUUCCAAACCAGUGUCACUUAAUCAACAAUGCAGGCUGAAUAAUUUACAGCUUAUAAAUUUACA